AUGGGAGAGAAAACAUGUAAUUGCUUGGAAUGUGGAAGGAGCUUUAGUCAGAAGAAACAUCUCACUCGCCAUCAAAGAAUUCACACGGGGGAGAAACCAUAUCAAUGUUCAGAGUGUGGAAGGAGCUUCAGUCAGAGGAUGCACCUCACUUCUCAUCAGAGAAUUCACACAGGAGAGAAACCAUACAAAUGCCUGGAUUGUGGGAAGAUGUUCCGUCAGAAAUCAGCUCUCAGUUCUCAUCAAAGAAUUCACACAGGGGAGAAACCAUAUCAGUGUCUGGAGUGUGAAAGGAGCUUCAAACAAAUAAUAGAACUCACCAAUCAUCAGAGAAUUCACACAGGGCAGAAACCAUACAAAUGUUUGGUAUGUGGGAAGAGCUUCAGCCAGAAAGGAAAUCUCAAAUCCCAUCAAAGGAUUCACACGGGGGAGAGACCAUAUAAAUGCUUGGAAUGUGGGAAAAGUUUCAACUGGAAUACAGUUCUCAGGUACCAUCAGAGAAUCCACACAGGGGAUAAACCUUAUAAAUGCUUGGAGUGUGGGAAGAGCUUCAGUCGGAGUACAGCCCUUGGAUAUCACUGAAUAGUCCACUCAGGGAAUAAGCCAUAUAAAUGUUCAGAAUGUGGGAAAAGCUUCAGUCAUGAGAUGCAUUUCACUCAACAUCAAAGAAUUCACACAGGGGAGAAACCGUAUACAUGCUUGGAAUGUGGAAAGAACUUCAGUCAAAAGAUGCAUCUCAUUUCCCACCAGAGAAUCCACACAGGGGAGAAGCCCUAUCAAUGCACCGAGUGUGGAAAGCACUUCCGUCAAAAAUCAACUCUCAAUUCCCAUGAAAGGACUCACACAGGAGAGAAACCAUACAAGUGUUUGGAAUGUGGGAAGGACUUCACUCAGAAAACAAAUCUCACUCAACAUCGGAAAAACCAUAAUGGGACUGCUGUGUAA